AUGUGUCCAUAUUUGUUAUAUCUGCUGAUUCGUCAAUCUGCGGUGUCUGCUGCUGACCCGCUCCAGUGCCUAGUGUCGGAGAGAAAAGACUCACAGAAGGGAACACAACAGCUGUAUUCCGAACAAGCAAGUCGUCAACCAUACACUCUAAUCCCACAGUUUCGUCUUCCUGAGAAAUUAUACUAA